AUGUGGCCCUUCAACAGCAACAAACCACAAGACCAGGACGGCCCCGUGGACUUUUCCGCUCCGGUCACGUCCGACGGCAAGAUGUUGGACGACACAAAGCCUCGAUUCGACCUGGAAGACAUCCAGGCCAAGAAGGCGGCUCUGCUCAAGGAGCUCAAGGAGAAGGAGGCCGAGCUUGUGCGCCCGCCCCCUCCCAAGAUCACCAAGCCCGUUCCCGAGGGCGAGGCCAAGGUGUCGAAUGUGGUUUCUCAGAUCGGCGUGAACGACUUUAAGACCGUGACCCAGAUCCCCUGUUUCCGAGACGCUAUGAUCACGGGCUUCAUCACCGGUGGCUCUGUUCUGGGAGUCAUGCUGUCGAUGCGACGGUCCACGCUCAGCGCUGCCAACUGGGCCAUUGGCGGAUUCACCAUUGGAGCCGUGGCCAAGUGGGAAAUGUGUCGAUAUAACCGAAAGCAGUCGUUUGAGAACGCUGCUCUGGCCCACCAGGUCUAUGCCAAGCGAAAGGCUCUCGAGGAGGGCAAGGAGUGA